AUGGCGAGCGGGUGGCGCGAGGGCAUACAGUGGGAGGACCCGUCGUCCAUGGCGACUCGCGAUGACUACAUCGUGCACGACGGGCGGCGGUAUGUGAAGCCCUACUUCUUCCAAUUCGUCGCGCAUGUGAGCCCCGCCCCGCGCCCCUCCCCCCUGCCGCCUCGUGCCACCACUCUGCACCGCACUGCACUUCCACUGCCUCACCCGUCCACAUGCAUGUGCAUCAUUGCUUCCGCCUGCUACGCAGUGUGCCGCCAUGCCGAGGAGGCAGUGAGGGAGGGGCGGAUUCAAGUGGAUGGGCGCAAUGUGGCACCGGACUAUGCAGUCAGGCAGUCUCAGACCAUGACGCACUAUGUGCACAGGCACGAGCCAUGGGUGGACGCAGCAGCGGUGGAGGUGCUGCACGAGUCGGACACGGUGCUGGUCGUCUGCAAGCCCAGCUCCAUGCCCGUGCACCCGUGUGGGCAGUACCGCAAGAACACGGUGCUCAGUGUGCUGCAGGCCUUCCACGGCUAUGGACAGCUCUUCCCCAUCCACCGCCUGGACCGCUCCGUGUCGGGCCUUCUCAUUCUCGCCAAGUCUGCCGCUGCUGCUGAGACCUUCCGACUGCAGAUGAUGAGCGGGCAGAUCCACAAGCAGUACAUCGCCAGGGUCACCGGCACCUUCCCUCCCAACCCCGUGGAGGUGAGUGCGCCAGUGGUGUAUGAUGCGCGCAUGGGCGUCAGCCGUGUGGUCACCACACCUGCACCUCCACCUGACACGGAACAGCACCCCACAGCACUGCAGCCUAUGUGCGAUAAGGAGAGCGUGGGGCAAGAGGGAACGGUGGUGGAGACGGAUGGAGGGGAGCAGAAGGAGAAAGCUGGGAAAUGUGACGGUGAGGAGAAAGCAGCUAGGCCAAGAAAGGCACGUGAUGUGAGGAGGGAAAAGGCGAUGGCGAAGAGGCAGGCCAGGGUGCAGGCAAAGGGUGCAGCGGGGGCUGGUGGAGGGGGUGCAGAGGACGACAAGGAGAAGGCGGCAGUGACUGUGUUUGAGCGGCAGGCGGUGGCAGGCGAUGGCACGUGCAGCAUUGUGCGCUGCUCACCUCGCACAGGCCGCACUCACCAGAUCCGAGUGCAUCUGCAGCAUGUGGGCCACCCCGUGGCCAACGAUGACCUCUACCUGCCUCCGCCACCCCAUGUGCCCCCUGCCCUGCAACCCCUCCCCUCAACCCGGGCCACCUCCUCCUCUUGGCCCUCUACUGCCUCUCUGCCGGUCAAACUUGUAACCACUCUUGCCUCACAUGCUGCUGCUGCUGCUGCUGCUGCUGCUGCUGAUUGCAAGGAUGAGGAUAAUUGCAGAAGCGGUGAUGGUGCCUCAGAGGCUGAGGUGAAAGGGAGCAGCAGAGGCACGCAUACAACGGACGGCAGGGAUGCGCUGCAGGAAUCUGGUGGCGUGGAGGGCCGUGUGAGUGAGAAAGAGGGAGGACUGUUAGGGCGGCAUGGUGGCAGUAAAGGGGGCAACUGCAGUGCAUCGGAUGACUUGGGUGCUGUGAGGAUGUGUGGGGAAGGGAAGAGAGCAUGCAAGGCAGCGCGAGUGCAGCAGGAUGUGUGCAAUGGAGCUGCACCAUCCCCUGGACGCGUGCACACACACCUGGGGGCGGAAGGGGGGGGUGAGGCAAGGGACCAGGAGAGGGAGUGCGGUUUAGGCGCACAAGGUGCACCUUCAUGUGGAGAUGAGGAUGGCGCUGCAGGUGCCACUGUGGGGUCACACACCGCGAGGGGCGUUGCUAAGGAGGAGGGUAUUGCGACGAAUUCGAUUUUGAAUGAGGGUGCUACUGAGGGAGGAGUGAAGGAAGCGGAGGGCAAGGGAGGGGCAGUGGAGGCGGUGGAGGAGCAGGCAGAGGGCAAUGCGGCAGCAGCACCACUCUUAUCAGCUGCUGCAGUGCCUUGUAUCCCUCAGCAUCUCACCGACCCGCUCUGUCCACACUGCCCCCUCAUCCCUGCAGAGGGCGUGCAAGUGGAGCAACACCUGUGGCUGCACUGCUGCCGUUACUCGGGGCCUGACUGGUGCUUUGAAUGCCCCAUGCCACCUUGGGCUCACCUGUGA